AUGAAAGUAUGCUGUGGUGCUGUUAAAACGAUAAAGGGUGCCGUCGCACUUUGCCUCGUUGUUGCCUUGUUUUACCGGGUUACCGUAAUCUUCAGAUUCGUUGCAGGCUGUGCACAGGAUGAUUCAAAGUGUAUCGCUGGAGGAGUAGCCUUAGGUGUUGGAGUCCUUCUGUUCAUCACCUUAUGGAUGUUACGACGGAAAAUGGUAUGAGCUAAAUUUGUACUUAGAUUCAACUGCAGUUGCAAUACUACUGAAACAGGUACUUCGCGAAUUCAAAGAUCGCCUGUCGGUUACAGCACACAAAAACACGUGAACUCUGAAGUUCAAAAGCCAACUAGCGCUUUCGCUCUUCAGUCCUAACAAUCAUCUUAGCAGACCUCUCAGGAAACAGAAACUUUCUUCAGCGAGUUCAAAAGUUCAUGGUUUGUGUUUUGUGAUUGGUGGAUUUCGAUCCAUGUUGUGGUUUUCUGCGUUUCCGGGUACGUUGUGAAUUGGUCGUGAUCAUAAUUAUGAUUGACGGCAGCGCCGGAAAAACGCAUUUGUAAGCUGGCUAUAAAGUUCUGGAGUUCGCGCGAACUGUUGAAAAGGGCAGUAACGACUUAGGUGACGUGGUUUUGUUUGUCAAACAAAAAAGGUGAGCUCACGUUGUACAAUGGCACAGGUACUAGUUGGAGAUAAAUGCUAAAAGUAGUACUGAUUCAGGCUCCGAUGUAUUUUUAUAGACAUUNUCAGAUUCGUUGCAGGCUGUGCACAGGAUGAUUCAAAGUGUAUCGCUGGAGGAGUAGCCUUAGGUGUUGGAGUCCUUCUGUUCAUCACCUUAUGGAUGUUACGACGGAAAAUGGUAUGAGCUAAAUUUGUACUUAGAUUCAACUGCAGUUGCAAUACUACUGAAACAGGUACUUCGCGAAUUCAAAGAUCGCCUGUCGGUUACAGCACACAAAAACACGUGAACUCUGAAGUUCAAAAGCCAACUAGCGCUUUCGCUCUUCAGUCCUAACAAUCAUCUUAGCAGACCUCUCAGGAAACAGAAACUUUCUUCAGCGAGUUCAAAAGUUCAUGGUUUGUGUUUUGUGAUUGGUGGAUUUCGAUCCAUGUUGUGGUUUUCUGCGUUUCCGGGUACGUUGUGAAUUGGUCGUGAUCAUAAUUAUGAUUGACGGCAGCGCCGGAAAAACGCAUUUGUAAGCUGGCUAUAAAGUUCUGGAGUUCGCGCGAACUGUUGAAAAGGGCAGUAACGACUUAGGUGACGUGGUUUUGUUUGUCAAACAAAAAAGGUGAGCUCACGUUGUACAAUGGCACAGGUACUAGUUGGAGAUAAAUGCUAAAAGUAGUACUGAUUCAGGCUCCGAUGUAUUUUUAUAGACAUUCAAAGUUAUUUAAGAUUGUUUACUGUUAAGUAGUGUAAAAUCAGCUUGUGGAUGAUAAGUGACAAGUAAUAAGGAAAACAAUAGCAGCGCGCUUUAUCACUGGAUAAUGUUCCUCUAUUAGUGGGAAGCCACUUAUCCAACAUCUUUUAGAGCAAUCGGUGCGAAGGAUUUUUAUAACGUACAGUGUAAUGCACGAAACGGUUUCUAUUUAUGCUGUCUUUGUUAAACCACUACGCCACUACGUUUUGCUCUUCCCUUUCAGCCUAUCUAUUUCCCAGUCUCUUGUGGUCACAGAAAGUUAAUAUUUACUGGAACAAGUUCCAAAUCUCUUGAAGAAAUACUUUUGUGCGUUGAACAAAAUAUCCCGACAGAAGAGGAACUUCGUCACUUGAAAGAAGGAGCUCAAUGUUAUCUGAAUGAUAUCAAGGUUCAGCUGGAAAAAGCAGCAGGAAUGCAAAUGAAGCUUAUCUUUUCAGGAAGUACGGUUGAGAGAUACGGAAUCCCACGGAUGCUGUUAUGUAAUAGCUACUGUGCUGGUUGCGGUCUUGGUUCUCUUCACACUGAUAUUGACGUCAUGAUUUGCCCCAUGGCAGUAAGAGCGUGUUUUUCAGGUCAAGGGGACAUACAUUUGGCACCCCUUUUUAUCGAUGGCGUCAGGGUUAUUGGAUAC